AUGCCCGACGAACCGCCGCCCGGCUACUCCGAGCGCGGGCAGUCCGGGCCCGAUGCCGUCGAAGCAGUCACACAGCAGCAGGCCGAAGGGCCGCCGGAAUAUACCGAGGCGCCCGCGUACGGCACCAUCAACGUGUCAGACAGCGGGAUGGACACCAAGGCGCAGUUGGCAGAGGACGGCCGAAUCAACAUCAACAUUAACCAGCGCUCGCUGCGCCUCUCGAGCGUGCUCACACCCGUCCUCCGCGCGCAAUGGGGCGCCGGCCUGAAGGAGAAGGACUACAACGUUGAAGGCGCCUCCUACCAAAUCCCCGACUUUGCGAAGGACACGCCGCCGCUUAACAUCCUGAUCCAGAUCAUCGGGUCGCGCGGAGACGUGCAGCCGUUCAUUGCGUUGGGCAAGCAGCUCAAGGAACGGUAUCGCCACAGAGUGAGGGUGGCGACGCAUCCGACGUUUAAAGGCUUCGUGGAGGAGAAUGGGCUGGAGUUCUUCUCGCUCGGCGGAGACCCGAGUGAGCUCAUGGCGUUCAUGGUCAAGAAUCCGGGCUUGAUGCCGGGAGUGGAAACAUUAAAGUCGGGCGAGGUGUCGAAGCGGCGAAAGAGCAUGUGGGAAAUGCUGCUGGGCGGGUGGAGAGCUUGUAUCGAGCCGGGCGAUGGGAUGAGCUACCAGCCAGCAGUCGGAGGGGGGAACAGCGCGUCGAUUGCGACACCGUUCGUUGCGGAUGCGAUCAUCGCCAAUCCACCGAGUUUCGGACACAUCCAUUGCGCAGAGAGGCUUGGAGUUCCGCUGCAUCUGAUGUUUACCAUGCCGUGGUCGCCGACUUCCGCGUUUCCCCAUCCGCUGGCGAACAUUCAGUCGUCGAACGCGGAAUCGAACAUUACCAACUUCCUCUCAUACGCCCUGGUGGACAUGAUGACAUGGCAAGGCCUGGGCGAUUUGGUGAACAGGUUCCGCGAGGGAACCCUGGGCUUGGAAGCAGUUUCCACGAUGUGGGCGCCGGGAAUGAUCUCUCGACUCAAGGUACCGCACACCUACUGCUGGUCGCCAACAUUAAUUCCGAAGCCUGCCGACUGGCCCUCGCGAAUCAAAAUAUCCGGAUUUUACUUCCUGUCACUAGCCUCUUCCUACUCACCUCCACCAGAGCUGGAACGCUUCCUUAACGCGGGUCCUCCACCCGUCUACAUCGGAUUUGGAUCGAUCGUCGUUGAAGACCCAAACGCCUUGACCCGCAAGAUCCUCGAAGCAGUGGCUCAAGUCGGAUGCCGAGCGCUCGUCUCGAAGGGCUGGGGCGGCGUCGGAGCCGGCGAACUCGACAUCCCCGAAAACGUCAUGCUCCUGGGAAACUGUCCGCACGACUGGCUGUUCCCACGGUGCGCCGCCGUCGUCCAUCACGGAGGCGCCGGCACCACUGCCGCUGGAAUCCGCUGCGGAAAGCCAACCGUCAUCUGUUCUUUCUUCGGUGACCAGCCGUUCUGGGGUGCGAUGGUGGCCAAGGCCGGUGCGGGACCGAAUUUCAUCCCGCAUAAAGAACUGACAAGCCAGAAUCUUGCGCUCGCUAUCCAGGCGGCGCUGGGAAGAGAGAUGCAAGCGAGGGCGGAGGCGAUGGGCGAUAGCAUCAAGGCGGAGACCGGCGUGGAGAAUGGCGCCAUGAGCUUUCUCUCCUCUGUCGAGGAGAUGGGGCUGGCGCGGUGCGAUCUCCUUCCCGAUCGCGUGGCAGUGUGGAAGGUGCGCAGCGGUAUCAGGAAGCUUUCGGCGCUGGCGGCGAGUGUGCUCGUCGAGGCAAAUCUUAUCGAAGGCGGCUUUGGCGGGUUGAGGCUGUGGAGACAUAAGGAAUGGCCGGUGAAUUCGGGGCCGACAGAUCCGGUUACUGGAGGUGCGGGUGCAAUCGUCGGAACGAUGGGGAGCAUCAUGAUGGGUGUUGGAGAUUUUCCGAUCGAGAUAUUCAAGGCCGUUACGAAGGAUAAGGGGAAGGGUGUUGAGGGUCAACCGUCUACACCAGGGUCUACACCAGGGUCUCCGAUGCACGACAACACCAGCGUGGACAGCUUUGCGACAGCCACUUCGGAAAAGACUGGUAAAUCCGAGAAGAUUCGGCCUGGCACGCCUGGCACGCCAGGAACUCCUAACUCGACAACGGAUAAGGGAAAGCAGAAGGAGGGCGGAGGUUUCAAAUUCGAUGCAGAAUUCGUUGGGAACGCCAUGGGCGCGACUAAGGGUGUGAGAAGGAUUGUUGGCGCUGGCAUGCGAUCACCUAUGGAUUUCACAUUGGGCAUCUCCCAAGGCUUCCGCAAUGCCCCAGCCCUAUAUGGAGAUGAGAUCCGACCCGAGACGCGAGUCACCGGCUUCCACAGCGGUCUCAAAGCAGCCGGCAAAGAAUUUUCGCUGGGCUUCUACGAUGGCAUAACCGGACUUGUCACACAACCGAUCAAGGGAGCCAAGCAAGAGGGUGCCGCUGGAGCGCUCAAGGGUUUUGGCCGCGGCAUCGGCGGACUGAUACUCAAGCCUGGAGCCGGAAUAUGGGCGAUCCCCGCGUAUGCGAUGAAGGGAAUCCACCGCGAAAUCGCAAAACUCGGGACAAAGGACUUGACUGGGUACAUCUCCUCCGCCCGCGCGGCACAGGGUGUCCACGAAACACUGCAGUCACCCUUGGGAACGAAGGAACUCGUUAUCGAGCGAUGGACGUCGCUCAACACCUCUCCCGGUAGUUGGAGUGGUCGCAUAUCCUCGUGGUCGUCAGGUGGCAGCAGCAGCAGCCAGAACUUAAACAAGAAAAAGCUGGUGGAUAUGCGCUCCUACGAUGAUGAUAGGAGGGAGGCCGGCAACGACAGCGAGCUGCAGCGCGCAUUGAGGGAAUCUGCCGCCGUCAAACCACGUCACACGUCAACAUGGUCUUCCGGUGGCACCAUGGACAAGAAGGAGAAGGGAAAUACAGCGGGAUUCUACGGCGACGCAAUGGAGGACGAUCCCGAUCUUCAGCGCGCGCUCCGCGACUCAAUAUCAACCCAGAAUCUACCGACAUACCAACCACCCGCCUACCAGUCAGGUGGAAACGCCGCAACGUUCGGAAACGAGAAACGACGCAUGAGUGACGACCAAGAUGAGCUUCAGCGCGCAAUGUGGACGUCUGCUGCCUCCUCAUCACAAGCGAUCCCACACUCACACACCUGGUCAACAAGUGCGGACGAGAAGCGCCAACCCAUCGCCAUGUUCGACAACUCCAACGACCACGACGACGAGGACGAAGAACUGCGACGUGCAGUCCAAGCAUCUCUCAGCGACGCGCCGGGUGCUCACGUUGGCGCCAGCUCCGCGUCGGCCCACAAUCCAGAACUUAGUCGCGAGGCCCAAGAGUUCCAGGAGGCGCUGCGGAUGAGUCUUGCCGAGAGCGAGAGGAAUAGCAGGAGCGCGAGCGCACAUUUUUCAAAAACCCCCUAUACUCCGCCAGCGCCACUUGCUGUCGAGCAUGGGGUCAUUGAGGCCGUGGAGGAUGAUGACGAUGAGCUGGCGCGCGCGGUACAAGACAGUCUGCGGCUUGAGGAGGAACGGAAGCGGAAGAACGAAGAGGAGGAGAGGAUCGUGAUGGAGUAUGUGGCGCGGGCUAGCCGGGAGGAGGAGGAGCUACGGCGAAGGAGGCAAAAGGCGCAAGGAAGUAGCAGUCGUGAUGUAUGA